AUGGCUAUGAAUUCACGUGAAGAGAAAGAAGUUCAGCCGGCCACGCCGACCAGGAUCUCGGACGAGAAGAGGACGUAUUCUGAGACCACCCUGCCUGGCGAUGUCCCUGGGAAAGUUGAGCACGCAGACGCAGAUCUUGGUCUUCGUAUCCUUCAAGACCGCGGCGAUGAAGGCGGCUAUGUCCUUGACCCGGCAAUGCGUCGGCGAGUCCUUCGCAAGAUUGACCUGCACUUGAUGCCCAUUUUGACGAUCACCACGAUGAUCGCUUUCUUGGAGCUGGUAACGCUGAACUACGCGGCCAUAUUCGGACUCCUUGAAGAUGCGCAUCUCACCGAGAACAAGUUUGCCUGGUUGGGAAGCAUCUACUACUUUGGAUACCUCGCCAUGCAACCUUUCGUGGCACGUCUGUUGCAAUAUGUGCAGCCUGCCCAGACGAUCGCUGGAGCAGUAUUCCUUUGGGGCGUCAUCAUCUUCCUAAGCAUUCUGUGCGAUAGCUUCUCGAAGUUCAUGGCCGUGCGAUUUUUCCUCGGUGCAGCAGAAGCAUGCGUCAAUCCGGCAUUCAUCCUCAUCAGCAGCUCCUUCUACCCUCGUGAGAACCAGACUUUCCGAGUCGGCAUUUGGUUCAGUGCGAAUGGACUUGCCAAUAUCGUUGGUGGUAUCAUGGCAUAUGGCUUAGGCCAUAUCCAUGCAGGUGCGCUGGCGCCGUGGAAGUGGAUCUAUCUCAUAAUCGGGGCUAUCAGCAUCCUAUGGUCGAUUGUCGUUUACAUCUUCCUCCCGGCAUCUCAGGGCAGCGCCAAGUUCCUCAGCGACGAUGAAAAGGUGGCGGCCGUUGAAAUGGUGCGCGACAACAACACGGGAAUUCACAACAAUACCGUGAAGUGGUCCCAAGUUCGGGAAGCACUCCUCGAUCCAAAGAGCUACUUCUUUUUCUGGUUCGCCUUCUUCGGCAAUCUUGCCAACAGCAUUGCGACCUUUGGCAGUCAGAUCAUCUCGCAUUUCGGCUUUACGCCGUUGCAAACGACCUUGCUCGGAAUGCCCAACGGCGGAUUUGAGGUCUUGGUAAUGAUUUCUUUCACCUGGAUCUGCAUCCACUACAAGAACAUCAGAUCCCUGCUCAUUGUCGCCUCGAAUAUCAUCGCUCUGGUGGGAUCGAUCGUUGUAUUCGUGUUGCCACUGACGAAUAAGGCAGGAUUGUUGAUCGGCUACUACAUGUUUACCGCGUGGCCGACUGGUUAUGCGAUAUCGUUAGCUCUCGCUGGAUCGAACACUGCCGGCUUUACCAAGAAGGUUGUCACAAACAUUUUCAUCAUGGCUGGAUUUUGCUCGUCGAACAUCAUCGGCCCCCAGUUCUUCAACAAACCUCCUCGAUAUCGACUCGGCAUCGGCUCUUGUAUCUUCACAUUCGCAGGGAUGAUUGUCGUCGCCGUUCUCUUUCAGAUCUACGUUGUUUGGCUGAACAAGAAACGUGCCCCAACUCGAGAAGCUGCCAAAGAGGUGCUGAACGGCCGAGUGGAGACGGGCUUCGAAGACCUGACAGAUAAGGAGAAUCCUCUGUUUGAAUAUGUCUACUAG